AUGGCUUAUAUGAGGACCGAAUUGGGGUUGGUGAUGAAGCAUGCGAGCGGAGGUGCGAAAGAGGUAAAUGUUGUCAAUUAUUUGACUAGAAAUCCACCACCGGGUGAAGAAUGUUACUAUGAAGAGAAUACUUAUGCGGUGAAUAAUCAGACAGGGGAUUUCCAAGCCAACGCCCAAGGUUCCAAUACGAAUAAUUAUCGUCAAGGUCAGGGAAACCAAGGUCGAAACUAUGGCAACUACAACCAAGAGGGUCAAUAUGUCCGGGAUGGGAACUACAAUCGUGAUAACAAUUACAAUCAGAACAACUAUGGCAACAGAAAUGAUCUAGUAGGACCUUAUUUCCCUCCUCAAAAUUGGGAAUCUGGUAAUAGGGAAGCUAGAGUCACUACUCGAGGGGGUAAGCAGACCAUUGAUCCACCGAUGCCAUCUGGGGUUGAAGUUGAGGUUGGUAAAGAUGAUGAUAUGAUUGAGCAACUUUCCAUCAUUGUGUCGUUGAUUGAAGUUUUGGAGCAAAUGCACGGGUAUGCGAAGUUUAUGAAGGAUUUGGUUACUACAAAACGGGCCGUGAGUUUUGAAGAUGAUAAUAAGUUGCAACAUUGUAGUGCUUUUGCUAUAAGGUCCCUUGUGCAGAAGAAGGAAGAUCCUGGGGCUUUCACUAUUCCUUGUACCAUUGGGUUGCUACAUUUUGCAAAGGCAUUGUGCGAUUUGGGUGCUAGUAUCAAUUUGAUCCCAUUGUCUAUUUACAAGAAGUUAGGUUUAGGGGACCCAAAACCAACUGUGAUGCGACUGCUUAUGGCCGACAGAACUGUCAAGAAGCUCAUCGGUGUGCUCCAAGAUGUACUAGUGAAAGUGGAGUCUUUUAUCUUUCCGACAGAUUUUGUGAAACUUGAUUGUGAUGUUGAUUUUGAGGUUCCCAUUAUCCUUGGGAGACCUUUCCUAGCUACUGGGCGCGCCUUGGUUGAUAUGGAGAAAGGUCAAAUGAAGUUCCGAUUGAACAAUGAAGAGGCAACUUUCAAUAUCUCUAGGUCCAUGAACUAG